AAAUAAAAAUACAGAAAAACAAUAACAAAAACAAAAAUUCACAUUAGCUGAUCGUAGAUACGAGUGUAUAAAUGAGCUAAAAUUUUUACUAUAUAUAAACACUAAACAUAUUAAGGUCUUUGUGUAUCACAAAACACUCAGUCGUUAAUUGACUCUUGAUCAUUUAACUCUGCGCAAAGACAGUGUAUUCUUGGAAAAAAGUGUAGUGAAAGUGUUUUUUUUUUUUUGAUAACUUUAAAGGAUCUUUAAUGAAUCCUGUAGAACUUUUAACAACUUAAUUUUUAUAUUAAUGUUUGUGCAAGCCACAAGUGCUUUUCUAUUAACAAUUUCGAUGUCGAAUAAUUCACCAAUAUUACGUUUACCAGACCUGAUAUAAACAGGCAAAUAAUUCUAACAAAAAAAAAUUUAGUUAAUUUCAAAUCAAAUUAACAAAACAAAAAAUUACAAAACAGCAGAAACGUAAAGUUGCCUACACAAAAUAAUAACAAAUCUAUUUUGUGUUUAUAUUAUAAUAAUAAUAAUAAUAAAAAUAAAGAAGAAAAAAACAAGCACAUAGACAAAUUUAAAAACAAUUGCAUUGAAAAUAAAACGCAAAAAUACUUGAAUUUUGAGUUUAUAUUAUAUUAAAAUAAGAAAAACCAAAAGAAAAAAACAGAUAGCAUUUGUAACAAGACAAUUAAAGAGAACUUGUGCAGCUUAACAAUUGAAUACAGCCAACGAGAUAAUUGGAUAUUGGGGCUUUGGCCAUUGUAUGGAGCUAUCUAAACAACCAUUGAGUUUUGGAGACGAGCCGGACCUGUUCAUAAGAGCACAGGGCCGGAAUAGUCUGCAUUUUAUAAGCGGCAUUGCAGCUGCUAAUACAGCUGCUACGACAACAACAACUUCUGUUCACUCAAUUAACGCGUCAACGGGCAAAAUUAAUCUAGACAUCUCUAUCAAUGAUUGCGAAACCGGCUAUGUGCCAACGGUUGGCCGUUGGGGCGCUGAAUGGCCAAGUUGACUCGCCGAAGCUGGUGUACAACAUGGCGCCACCGCCGGCGCCAACUAUGGUUUAUCGGCGGGAUCGGUACGGGUUGGAUUGACUACAGCCACCGAUUCUGAACAAGAUAAACCCAAACAUUGCAUUGGUGCCGCAUCAUUACAAUGCGGCAACGGUCAAAUUCAACAAAUUGACACAACCGAUGACGAUGAUGAUGAUGACGAUGAUGACGACGACUACGAUGAAGAUGACGAUGAAGAAUCGGCUUUCGGACUUGCCAAGGCUAGCCAAGAACAGCAUGCCCAGCCAACUAUCACUGAAACUGAUAGGUUGUGCAAUUUGGCCGUCGCCAAGCAGGUUAGCAAUUUGACAUCAAGUCCAUCAUCGGAACGAUGCAUUAGCGUCAACAAGUUGUUGGAAGAGCAACAUCGCAGAUGCUGGGGUAGACUUUUUAAGGGUAACGCUAAUGCUGCUGAGCAUGGUUUACGCUUGUGGCAGGGUGAUGGCUAUAAUAUGACAGCCUUCAAUCAAACCAAUGGCAAUUGGCCGUUGGGUCAUCCCUUGCCUUUGCCGGACUGGGCCAGCCAUAACGAUGAGGACAACCAAAAAGGCAUUUUACAUUUGGAUUCGGUGUGGCAAUUUGAAGAUCUUAGCGCCAUCAUUGAAACCAAAUUACAGCGCAUGCUAGAGGAGACCCACUAUGAUACAGUUCAUUUGUUUGUGGACUUUUUUGAGGCCUUCAAACGCACUCGUCGCUCCGACUUGAAAUCGUUCUAUCAAUUCUACGAUAUACCCAUUAAUCGCCGACAUCACAUGUGUGUUUCCCUGGCCAUGGAGAUAAUGGCACGUAUUGUGCAAAUCUUUCCCAUUUUGGAGCAGUAUUUGUAUAUAGUGUCUUGCGAAGAGCAGGUGGUAUCGUUGCAGGAUUACAUAGAGACCAGCGAAGAGGUGGGUGGUCUCAAUUCGCCCUUGGCUAAUGUGGAAAAGGAACAUGCUAUGGUUGCUAUGAAAUUGAAUAUUGCAGGACGUAAUGGUGUGAUAAUAUUGGAUCCGGGCUAUCAUGUGGCCCGCUGUGUUACCAUUAUGGAGGAUCAAAUGUAUCCACAUACGGGAUGGUUUACCCAAUCCAAGGAACAGCAUUUGCAGCGUGACUAUUGCUAUGUCUAUAGCAAGCAUAGCCAUAAAUAUGUGGAAUGGAAAGAGCGCGAAAUAAGAGGCGAUCAAUCUACUUACAAGUCUUCAUUGGUGUAUGUGGAACAGCCUUAUGUAACCGCCAUUGAUGUUACCGUUAGACGUAAUUUGGUAUACAACUUUAGAUCGUUAUUGUCACGUGAUGCCAAGGGUCGUGUGUUGGCGGGCAUCUAUUUGCCAGUCUUGCAAAACUCCAAUGAAUCCCAUUUUACCUUGUUCUAUGAGGGCAGCAAUAUGGAGCAAAGGGUCAAGGUUAAAUUUAUGUUUAACAUAUUCAAAAAUCCCAAUAAGUUACCCGAUAAUGUACAGCAACAUUUGGAGAAAUUGUCACCACAGCUGAAUAUGCCUUUGAAAGAGCUCACCAAAUUAUUAUCAUCUCUGGCUGAGGCCGUAAUGGAUCAAGAUUUCAUUACCCAGGUAUUGGCCAUUAACGAUGACAUUGGCAAUAUGUCAGCAGAGAAUUGACAAUCAACCGAUGGUAAAUCCUCCAAACCUUUAACAGCAAAACAGCAAACAUCUAACCAAACCCCAGAGCGCGAUGCUAAAAAUGAAAAUGUCCCUCAAGGGACCCAACAGUAAACAAUUUUAUUAAAAAAUAUAUUCAAUAAAUAAUAACAGCUUAAAGAAAAAAAAAGUUUAAACUCACUUAAAUAACUUAAACUUAAUAUAAUCAAAUAUUAGAAAUUUCAUUUUAAAUUACUUUAUAAUUUCAAUUUAUAGUUUUGUUUAAAGCAAAUAAAAAAAAAUUUAAAAAAAAUACACAACAUAUAUAUCAAAAUACAUAGAAAUUAACUGCAGUAACACCCGUAAUCUAUGAAAUAAUUAAAUACAAUUUCUCUAUAUAUUAAACAAAACGAUAUAUACACAUUUUAUUUCCAAAGAGAAUGAAGGAAAAAAAUAAGUUUUUUCUAGUAGCAAAACACCAGGAAACUCUUCAAGUUUUCUUUAAUUUUUCUCCCCAUAACAAUUUAAAUCCAAAUAUUAUAUUAACUCUAUUACACAAAAUGUUUUAUUAUUAUUAUUAAAUAAUUAUUUAACUUAAUAUUUUGUCUGAAAGUUAUUAUGUUUAAUACAUAAAAAAAAGAAAACAAAAAUUGUUUUAAAGAGCAUGAAUUUUGGAAUGUCUUAGUUAAGUUUUUGAUUUAACUAAGUUAGAGUUAAAUUUUAAUUCGAUUUUGUGAAAAAAAACAUUGUAUUUGGUAUAUUUAAAAUUUCAUUGCGUUAAAUUUAAUUAAUUAAUUUGUAGAAAUUUAAAAUUAAACUGAUAUAUAAAUAAAAAUAAAUAAAUAAAAACAAAACAUAAAGAA